AUGGAGGGCGCUUUCCAACGUCGGCGCUGGUCGCCCGAUAGUCCAGACCGCGUCUAUCUCCCCCACCGAGCCAAGUCCCUCUCAGGCAUUGCGGCCCGCUCCUUCUUCUUGGGCGUAGCCCUGGCUCUCGGCGUGACAGGGACUCUGGGCAUACUUCUCCUGACUGACUCUCCGCUCUGGCGACUGCCCUUCUUCCUGGCAACGUUAUCAACCUUCCACUUCCUUGAAUUCUGGACGACAGCCGCGUACAACACGCGCGCGGCCGAGGUCUCGUCCUUUCUGCUAACGUCCAACUGGCCGGGGUACGCCAUCGCGCACACGUUCGCCACGCUCGAGUGCCUCGUCACGCACCUCGCCCGGCCCGGGGGCGGCCGGACGUCGUCGCCAUUAUUCCGCGCUACAAUACCACAGUUGAUAGUGCCGCUGCUGCCCGCGCUCGGCCUGGCGCUGGUCGUGCUGGGCCAGGCGGUGCGCACGGCGGCCAUGAUCCAGGCCGGGCCCAGCUUCAACCACCACGUGCAGAGCCACCGCGAGUCGGGCCACGUGCUGGUCACGACGGGCGUGUACGCGAGCCUGCGCCACCCGAGCUACUUUGGCUUCUUCUGGUGGGCCCUCGGCACCCAGCUGGUCAUGGGCAACGUGAUCAGCUUCGUCGGCUACGCCGCCGUGCUGUGGCGCUUCUUUAGCCGCCGGAUCCAGCGCGAGGAGGAGUUUUUAGUGCGCUUCUUUGGGCAGGAGUAUGAGGAUUAUAGGCGGAGGGUGGGGACGAUGAUUCCGUUCGUCAAGUAA